AGUGUGUCUAGGCAGUAUUGUUUUGGACUUUCAGUUGAACUGGAUGCAACUAUUAUUUGCAUAUGAGCUUUUUUUUGCCCCCUGUCUGGAAAGUGUUUUUAAGAAGUAGUUUGACGACUUUCAUUUUUUUUAAAUAAGUUAUUAUAACUUAUGGUCGCCAAAUUUACUGUGAUUCGUUGAAAGCAGAACUUCAAAAAGUGACUGGAAAAUGGAGGUUAAAAUUGCGCUCGUUUAUGCCAUGACCUGCAUCGCUUGUGUUCAAUCGUUUGGAACGAACGAAGCACUGAAUUAUCUAUCACAAUUCAACUAUUUUGAAUCAAAUGACCUGUCUACCGGUCAUCUUAGAAGUCAAGACUCCCUCAACGAUGCCAUUCGGUUAUUUCAAAGGAUGAAUGGACUCAAUGAAACAGGAAUACUUACUGCAGAAGUGCAGGAUUUGAUGCAGAUGCCCCGAUGCGGUUUACCGGAUAAUACCGGUACCCAAGCAAUAAAUCGAGCCCGACGCUACGCACUAUCCGACGUCAAAUGGUUCAAGACCGAUCUGACUUGGAGAUUGGAGAACACCACACCAGACCUACGUAGGUCCAGUGUACGAGAAAUCAUCGCCAGAGCUUUGAAGCAUUGGUCUGACGCGUCUCAGCUGACGUUCCGUGAGGUCCAAUCCGGCGAUGCCGACCUCCUCAUGAAGUUUACUAGCCGCGACCACGGUGACGGCAACCCCUUUGACGGCUCAGGCAAGGUCUUGGCGCAUGCCUUCUUUCCCACCUCCGAACGCAGAUAUAGCAUCGCUGGCGACGCCCAUUUCGACGAAGCGGAAACGUAUACGGACAACUCUUACGCCGGCACUAACCUCUUUCAAGUAGCAGUUCAUGAAUUUGGUCACAGUCUCGGUCUUGGCCACUCCAAUAACCCGGAUGCCAUCAUGGCCGCUAUUUACCGUGGCUACGUGCCGAAUGCAGAGCUGCGCGAAGACGACAUCGCCGGGAUUCAGGCCCUCUACGGUGCAAACUCUGGUGUGCCUGAGGUGGAAGGAACAGAGGGACCUAAGGCGAGAGGAAGCUGUGUCGCUAACUUCGUAGCCGCUGCCCAAACUCAUACGGCUGGAUCGUAUAUCUUUAAUGACACUCAUGCAUUUUUGGUGGACCUUUUCGGGUUGGUAUCAGAGCCAAAACCCAUAUCAAACAUCUUCCGAGGUCUACCGACAAAUCUUGAUGCGGCUUUUUACUACGAGAAAACUGGAAAGACUUACUUCUUCAAGGGAUCAAAUUAUUGGAGGUUUGCGGAUUUACAAAUGGACCGAGGAUAUCCGAGAAGUAUCCGAGUUGGAUGGGGUGGUGGGAUACCCGAUGACCUAGAUUCUGUCUUUGUGUGGAGUGGAAAUGGAAUGACUUAUUUUGUCAAAGGUUCGAACUAUUGGCGUUACAACUUCCUUUCCUCUUCGGUCGAUCCUGGAUAUCCGAAAUCGCUAUCCGUCUGGAACGGAAUCGGAACCAAACUCGACGCAGCAUUCCAGUUCGAGAACAAACUAACCUAUUUUUUCACGGAUGGCGAGUACCGCCGGUUCGACGACAACAACUUCCAAGUCGCAGCCGAUUAUCCGAGACGCUCGACCCGGUGGUUGAAAUGCGAAGAAGAGAUGGCCAUGGUCGUAUCACCUGACCCAACACCGGAUGAUGGGAUGAUGACGAUGGUCACCGAUGACGGGUCACGUGGUUCGAAGGAUGCGCUCAGCGUCCUCGCUCUCCACGCCUGCCUUAUUUUUAGUGUAAUGCAGCUGCAUAAUAUAUAGGCAUACAACUUUCAACUGAUUCUCUAUACCGUGUUUUUUAGGAAUGUCCCUUUCCUGUCGGCUUCAUCGUAUUGAUAAAAACGAGAUGAUUCAUGAAAAUUUAUGGAGUUUAUGGAGGAUAUGACGAAUUUCCGAGAUAAUCGGGAUAAAACAAAUUACAAUAUGAAUGUAAAGCACGUACUAUGUCGCUCUUAUGAUUGAAGUGCGAUGGAUGUUUCUCACAAAUGGGGUCAAGGAAUGGCCCGUGAUCUCCUAGCGCCUAAAAAUAUUCGCAACUUAAACUACCAGCGCUGCGCAUAUUCGGCUGCCUUAUUAGCGACAUAAACGGCCCACUUUGUUUCAGUUGGUCACAGCAUGGCGUGUAUCAUUUUAUUUUGUGCUUGUCCAACAUAGCAGUAUUCGCCAUUGUGCCCAACUCGAACCGGGUUGGCCAAACUUUCUUUUUUCAACGGCAAUGGGUUCAACCGUCUGAUGUAGCCCAAAGGGUGUAAGCUUAGAGCAUAAUAAGUAAAUGUACUUGAUCUUCUUCUUCUCAGAAGAUCUAAGCAAAGGAUACGAUACAAAAGAUGGAUUCAGCUAUAUAAAUGUGUAAAACCUUUUCGACGCCUUUAUCUGAAUUUUACAUACACAAUUUAUAUACUCUGCUAUGUUAACUAGUUUUUUUUCCUUUGUAUCAUUUGAAUUUAAAUGUUCACUAAAGCAACGGGAAAUCAUGGCCGUAAAUUAAAAUCACCUGUAAAAGGAUGAUUUAUAAAAUAUUAAAAGUUAGAAGGUGGGAGGAACAUGAAAUAAGUACUUCAUGUUUUAUUAUUGAAAGACUACCCCUUACGGUGGUAAUGUUUUUUUGUUUACUGACUGUGACAUACUACGAUUGAGCUGUACAAAAUUAUACUUUCCAUAAAAUUAUGAGGUAUCAAAUUAAGCGGUUUGAUAGCAGAGUGUAAUAUAAGUUAUUUAUGUAUAUAAAGAAAGACUAUGUAUCUAGAUCGAGAUGUCGGCCUGACAGAUAUUCGAACGAUAUUUAUAUGAUCAAAAUCCCUGUUGAAUAACUCCAAAACGGGAACAAUUAUCAUGUACUGACUAUUAUAUAUUUGUAAUAAAUGGUUGUCAUUUUCUUA